AUGCUAAGAAAAUACAAGUAAUAAUAAUAUUAAUAAGGAAUUCUCUCCUUCGCUAAAUAAAACAAGAUAGAUAGUAUUAACCUUAAAUUUUUUUUAUAUUUAUUAUCAAUUUGUUUUUAAUUCAAUAGUAAGUAAAAAAAAAGUUAAAUAUUAAUAUUCAAAUAUAUGAGCGAAUAAGUAAAGGCUCCAUAAUUAGAUAAUUCAUAGAAAGCUAUUUAUAAAAUGCCUUCUAUAAAUAAUUCAAAUGUUGAACUAGUUUUAAAUGAGUAGAGUUCAUCUGACCCAAAGAUAGGGAGUAGCCUUAGGUUUGGUGAUAAUAAGAGGAGGUUAUUACUCGAUGAAAAUUCAUCGCCAAUGCAACCAAAAGUCGAUGUUUAACAUGAAAUUAUCAAUAACCCGUCAAAUAAUAGUUUUUUUUAGACGUAAAAACCAUUUAAAAAAAAAGAAGACAGCCCCAAAAAAAUAUAACUACAAGCUAUCAAUUCAGCAAACUUCUAACUUAGCCCAUCCCUUUAAAAUUCUAAUUUAAAGAACUCUCCAGAGCCAGAAAAAAUUUCUUAUUUAUAAAGCUAAUUAAAUAAUGAAGUAGGAUUAAACAAAAAAUUAAAUAUCUCUUUUUAAAGUAGUGUUAAGCCUAAAUUGUCAUUGCAAGUUAGUUUAAUGGCAAAAAGAUUUGCAUAGAAAUUCAAGUUAAAGUCAAGUAGUGUAUUGUUCUAAAAGCUGACUUAGAAGUAAUUAAAAAUGAUUGGAGAUCUAUCUUUUUCUAUACGCCAUCAUAAAUAAGUUAUGCAAACGGAGAUUAAUAAAUGCAGUUACCUAGUUAUUUAAUUGAAAAAUAUGCUUACAACAUUUAUUCGAUCAGAGUCUUUUAUAAUUGAUCCAAAUUCUAGUUUUUAAAUUAUUUGGAGUAUUUGGACAUUUAUUUAUACUAUAAUGCUUCUCAUAAUAGUUCCUGUUAAGUUCUGUAUGGGCGUUAAUAUUCUAUAUUUUUACGAUCUCAUCAUUGAUGUUUCUAUUUCUUUUAUGGUUUUUAAUAUCCUUAUUUAAAUGAAUCAGGCUAUAUAUAAGAGAGGUAUACUUAUCAAAAAACGAAUACAAAUUAUAAAAAACUAUAUUCUAAAAGAUAAAUUCUGGAUUGAUUUUUUCAUUUUAAGUUCUUAUCUUGCAUCUUUGAGUUCUAGUGAUAAUUAGUUUUUAUAGUUGCCAAUUAUUUUAAAACUUGGAUAUGUUUUGGAUAUGUAUGAUAAAAUAAUGAAUAUGCUGGAAAUUAAAUAAAAAUACAAACAUUAUGGAAUAUUCCUUAAAAUAUUUUUUUAAAUUUUAUUGAUAGCUCAUCUUACAGGAUGCUUUUUUAUUAAAAUUGCUAUGGGAAAUUAAGACUAAAACAAUUGGAUUUCUCGUUUAAAAAUACCAUAUAAUGAUUACACUAGUGUUUAUACUUCUGCCAUUUAUUGGUCAGUUAUAACUAUGCUUACAGUUGGAUAUGGAGACAUUACGCCUGUAAGUAUAGAUGAAAAGGUUUAUGUUAUUUUUGUGAGUCUUGUUUCCUGCGGAAUUUUCGGCUAUUCACUGAAUACGAUUGGAUAUAUAUUAAAGACAAAGUAGGAUAAUAAAGCUCAGUUCUAGAACAAAAUAAAUGAUUUAAGUCACUUUAUGAAAAAAAGACAAGUCAACAGAGAUUUGAGAGAUAAAAUUUUUAAAUAUUUCCAUUAUGUGCACAAAGAAUAAAUUUACGAAAGCAGCAAGGUUUAUAGCAUGAUUAACGAGUUACCAGACAAAAUUUAUAACAACUUUUAAGUAGAAUUGUACCAAAAAAUGUUAAGAGAGCAACCUUUCUUUAAAAGUACAUUUAGUGAAAAUUUUAUUUAGAAAAUAUGUCAGUAGGUAAAAGAAAUGAGAAUAGGUCCUGAUAUGAACUUAAAUGAAAUAGAAAAACUACACUAAGCUAACACUAUUCCACUACAUCAAAAAGUUUACUUUGUAAUGAAGGGAUAAAUUUCAUGCCAAGCAGGAGUUUAAAAGGACAGGAUUAUAAAAACAUAUGAGAAAGGUGAAUGCUUUGGAUUACCUGAAUUUAUCAGUGGAUAAACAUUAGGCAUAAACUCCAUUUAUAGAACUAAAAGCGUUGUUAUACUUGCAUUUAUUGAUAAGGCAGAUUUCCUUAGGCUUCUAGAAGAAUUCCCUCCAGAUAAGGAGAACUUUUUUAUGAUUAAAGAUAAAAUCUCAUUCAACAAUUAAUUUGACUUAAAUAAGCUGAGAUGUCUUGCCUGUGGUAAUGAAAAUCACAGCGUUUAAUUUUGUGAUAGGCUUCACUUAAAACCAAAUUUUGAUAAGCUUCUUUAUGAAUUAAACUCUUCAAAAAAAUAAGAAAGAUAACCUCACAAUAGGAAAAAUUUUAAACGAUAUAAUUAGUAUGCUUGUAUAAAUUAUGAAGUGGAUUCUGAUAAUUAAGAGGAAUUUGAUUAAGUUAGAAAAGAAUAUAUUACUUAAUAUACAUCCCAUAAAAUACCUACUGAUAACAAAUAGGUUUCUUAAUAUUAAGGCAAUCGUCACCAUUCGUAUAGUUCAAAUGUGUCCUUUUAGUUGAAAGAUCAUAGUAAACAAGGAACUAGGAUUAACAAACGAAAAAAAACUAACUAGAGUCUAGCAAUAAGGGAAGGCUCUCAAGACAAUCGGAAACCGAUAGUAAAAAUAAAAGAAUUUAAGGCAUAAAAUUCCUUGGGAAAUUCGGCUAAUGAUUUUGAUUUAGUUUCACUCUAAAAUAGAUCAAAGAGAUCUCACUCUGAAUUAUAAUUUCAACCAGAUUAAUUAUAAUUAGGUUCUCAUUAAAUGAUUGCAUACCUCUCUCCUCGUAAUGGAACCAACUAACCUUAGAGUUCUAACAAUAAUUAGAUAAGCUUGACUAAUUUAGCAGUUAGUAAUAAUAUUUAAUCGAAUCCUCAUACCUCGAGUAAUUUCAUUAAUCCUUCUGGAAUUUCAGUUGGCUAAUCUGGUAUUGAAUCUUCGUAGCAUCCUCAGCAGUCAAUUAAAGAAAUGAACAUACGUGGAAACGAUAUUUACUUUAAUAAAGAAGACUAGCAAGAUGGCUCAAUAUAUAAAGACGAAGACAUUUAAAUUAAUUAAAGUUUUAAUUCGUUAUAUAAAAAAAGAAAUAAUUAGAAAAAGCAAUCAAAAAAACUGAAAGGGAGUGCUGCAGUUUUCAAUAUGGAUGAUAUAAAAAUAAAAAAAACAAACAAUGCUAUUAUAACUUUAUCUAACAAGUAAGUAUCUCAAACAUAUUUACCUGACGUACCACAGACAAUUUAAGAAGAUUAACUUACAAGUUCAAUAAAUACUUAUAACUAAAUCAAUAGCCAUACAAAUAUUUAAAGCUAAACAAAUAUAUAAAAUUAGUUUGCUUCAAAAAUUCAAGAUUUAUCUACAGCUUCAUAGUAAAAUGCGCCAGAAUUUUAAUAUUUUUAAGAGACUUAUUAAAGCUAAAAGUACUUAGACUAUGAAGAUUACGUAGAGGAAGAAGAGGGCCCAUAAGCUGACAUCAUAUAGCAUUGCCGCUUGCAAAAGAUUUAAUUAUUAGAAUCUAAAAUUUUUGAUAUUGAUGAAAAAAGAACAUAUGAAAUAUAUUUCCCAGAAUACAAUUCUGAAAUAGUAAUAACAAAACUAUUAAAAUCACAUAUUAUGCCUAUUUUAAGAAGCCCUAUGAAAAAUGGCAGAAAGGCAAGCAAAUUUAGAAGUACUUUCAUGACUCCUUUAGUUCUUGGUAAAAAAAGUGGGGAUACCUCUUCCUUUUUUACUAAAAUGCAAUAAGCACCAUUAAAGUUAUACUGCUGA